AUGGGAUGUGAAGAUGGAGGUGAACAACCAGUGACGUUGAAAGACAGGAGAAGCUGCCAGAUCGGGAAGAAAUGUGAUGGGAAUCAAAGGAUGGACAAGGCAAAAAUACGAGAAAAGCAAGAUGAAAAGAAUCAAAUCAUCAAGAUCAGCGUCUGGCUACGUCAGGAGUGGUUUGACAUGCGACUUCACUGGGACCCCGAGGAGUACAGCGGAGUGACGAAACUCCACAUCCCCUCCAACGACCUGUGGAAGCCCGACCUCGUUCUCUACAACAAUGCUGACGGUGAUUUCGUCGUGACGCUGCAGACGAAGGCUACCGUACACCACAACGGCUGGAUCGUAUGGGAGCCGCCUGCCAUCUACAAGAGUUACUGCGAGAUCGACGUCGAGUUCUUCCCCUUUGAUAUGCAGGAGUGUUUCCUCAAAUUUGGUUCGUGGACCUACGACGGCACGCAGCUUGAUCUUCAACACGUCUGUGACAACGGCAUUGAGGUCUCCGAUGACAUAUUCGUCAUCGACAGGGGUAUAGAUUUGCGAGAUUUUUAUGCCAACAUUGAGUGGGACAUUAUAAACGUAACGGCUCAACGCAGGGUCAAGUAUUACCCUUGCUGCCCAGAACCUUACCCAGACAUAAUGUUCAACGUGACCCUGCGAAGACGGACACUGUUUUACACGCUGAACCUCAUCAUGCCGUGCAUUUCGAUAUCGUGUCUGACAGUUCUGGUGUUCUACCUUCCUGCCGACAGCGCGGAGAAGAUCACCCUGUGUAUUUCGAUUCUACUCGCCCUGACAAUGUUCUUCCUGCUGCUGUCUGACAUUACUCCUCCUACGUCACUCGUGAUUCCGCUCAUCGGCAAAUAUCUACUCUUUGUUUUAAUCGUCGUGUCCCUGUCCAUUUUCCUAACUGUUUACACGUUACACAUAAACUUUAAAACUCCAACCACCCAUAAGAUGUCUCCGUGGGUGAGGAAAGUCUUCACCGAGAUAUUACCCAGAAUUCUUUUGAUGAAACGUCCAGUGUUCAGGAAGAAGCCCACCGUUGGCGUGAGGACAUGUAACGGGAUUGAAAUGAGAGAACAACUUGGCACGUCAUCAUCACGUGACUUGCAUACUUACGAAAAUGUACGACAGAGACAGCAGUCGGAGGAACCCGAAGGAGUGACGACUUCGUUUUCACCAAAAGUUACAGAAGCUCUCUAUGGCGUGAAAUUUAUUGCAGAUCAUUUAAAGAAGGAGGACGAAGACAUGAUGGAAGUACAUGACUGGAAAUACAUUGCCAUGGUGAUGGACAGGUUUUUUCUGGUGAUAUUUUCAACAGCUUGUUUCUGUGGAACCGUCAGCAUUUUUCUCUUUGCGCCAUCUUUAUACGACCCACGGGAACCGCUGGCCAAAGAAGACCCAAACAAUACUUGUAUAUACUGAAACUGUCUUCUUUACACGUGGGAUGAUCGCACGAGACAAUACCCCAUGUUACCGUUCGGGGGACUAAUUCACUAAACUCUGAUCUCGCAGUGCAAUGCUAAAAGACUUACAAAGAGGAUGCUUUGUUGUCUAGCAGAGCCUAAGAGACCUUUGUGAAUUAGGCCCCUGGAGUCUAAUUCACUAAA